AGCGGGGGAGGACCGGGGCCGCUGCUCCUGCUGAAAGGCGAGGAAACAUGAGGACCGCGCACCGCGCCGCCGCGGAGGGAGCACCUUAUUACCGGAGGUGAAAUGGGAAAAAUGAGCGAGGACGCGCGCCCAGACGAUGAUAGCUACAUAGUGCGCGUCAAAGCGGUGGUGAUGACCAGAGACGAGUCGAGCGGCGGGUGGUUGGCGCAGGACGGUUGCCUGAGCAGAGUGGGCGUGUGCAGACUGCUUCCGAAUGAACUGCUGGGACGCAACACUUUCCUUAUCCACGGAGAACGUCUCAAAGACAAGCAGGUGAUUCUGGAGUGCUUCUUAAAAAAGGACCUGGUUUACACGAAGGCCACGCCCACCUUUCACCACUGGAAGGUGGACAACAAAAAGUGUGGUCUGACCUUCCAGAGCCCGGCCGACGCCCGAGCUUUCGAUCGCGGGGUCAGGAAGGCCCUGGAGGACUUAACUGAAGGCUCGACAACAUCCUCAUCGACGCUGCAGAAUGAAGCGGAGCUCGGCGAUGACGACGUCUUCACGACUGCCACCGACAGCUCAUCCAACUCGUCCCAGAAGAGAGAGCCGCCGAUGCGCGCGCUCACUCCGCCCAACUUUUGUGAGCCCCGCCGGCACCACUGCAUCCUGGGACAUUUGUACGAGCAGCAUCGGCCCUCUGAUCACUACUUCCUGGACCAGGUGAAUACGGCGGUGCACAUGUUUCCUCGUCACGUCAGCUUCCAGUUGGAGGAGGAGGAGGUCGUACGCAUCAACCCCCGUGAGCGGACCUGGCUCACAGGCUACGAGGAUUACCGCCACGCAAACUCCACACGUGACAAACUCACCCAGCCCCACAACCCGGAUGCCUGCGUGCACUUUACCAAGAGCGAGCCGCCCAAACAUGACUACACCUACCCGUACCCUCUGAGCUGUGAUGUGCAGCGAGGCUGUGAGGCACAGCGAGGCUGCGACGGAAAACCGAGCUGCCUCGAGCUGGGUGGUGGCCACAGGGCGGUGGUGACGGUGCAGCCGCGAGCCCCGCAGCCCAAAGGCAAACGUCGGAAAGAUGACGGGGAGCGUUCACGCUGCGUUUACUGUCAGGACAUGUUCAACCACGAUGACAAUGGGCGGGGCCGCUGCCAGGAAGCACCCGACCCUAUUCAGACCUGCAUCCGGCGGGUGAGCUUCAUGUGGUGCGCAGACAGCCUUCUGUACCACUGCAUGUCCGAUCCGGAGGGCGAUUACUCGGACCCGUGCUCUUGCGACACCACAGACGAGCGUUUCUGUCUGCGCUGGACAGCGCUGGUGGGUCUGUCGCUGCUGGCUCCCUGCAUGUGCUGCUACGCCCCCCUCAGGGCGUGCUACCGCUGCGGCGUGGCCUGCCACUGCUGCGGUGGGAAGCACAAAGCUGUAGGCUGAGGCGUUGCAGGCCCCGCCCACUCCACAGUGACAGCUAGGUCUCACGAGGGGAAGCAGGGAAACGGAGGCCGCUGUGAUUUCUACGUUGUUGUCGUUUUGUUGUUGUUGUUGGUCUUCAUUUUCCGAAGGAGGAGAGGAACUCACACUGCGUGUUGAUGGCCGGAAAUAACAAAGUUCCCCGACGUCCACAAAGCUUAUGCUCUUCAUGAGGAAUAUUCAUUUCUGUAUAAAAGUAUUAUAUGUACAUGUUUAAUACUUUUAUAUAGAUGACAGGUACAUUUAUAUUUUUACACUCAUGCGUUUUAAAGGCUGUAUGUGUGGGGUUUUUCUGCAUUGUGGUGCCAUGUUUGUAGAGCUCACUGACACUGCGAAAACGUUCCACCCUGAUUCGUGUUAGGACCGAAAACUGAGCUGUGGCUCAGUCGCGCUGUGGCUAGCCGAGCUUAGCUGAAGCUGAUGUUUAUCAGCGGGCUCUUCAAAAACAGCCGUGCUAACUGUUUCUUAGUUUCAUGCAUGCUCAGCUAGGGAAACCACACAGCUGUGCGUACAUAAAAGCAGCUUAGUCCUUUCUGUGCAAAGCCCUGUCAGCAUAGUCGCUAAGGGUUAGCGGGUAAAGGUUAGCGGGUAAGGGUUGGUUCCCAGGCCACAACAAAGCAAUCAGCAGUUUUCUUUGCUCUCGUUGGUGGCUGCUUCAGUCGCUUCAACAGAGUAGAGGAAAGCUUGUUCCCAUCAUCACUACAAAUCUAAAGAGGAUCCAGUCUGCUCAGUUCCAGCUCUGUAGUUUCGUUCUGUUGGACUCUGGCAAAGUAAAAAGGCAACACGUCACUGCAUUGAACACAACAGCUGGUCUGAAGCUUAGUACAGUGCGUAAAAGGGACAUGACAAGAUCACCCACUGGCCCCGAGACCCUCUGUGAUCCAGGUCUGUCGAGGACUCUGAAGAGCUUCUUCAGGACCUAAACUUCUGUUUAGUAGUUUGGAUGUGAUCUGUCCAAACUGCUAUACAGAACAUCUGGUUGUUUGUCCAUUUCACAGCCAUAAGCUAUCACGACUGUUAAAAUAUGACUGUAUAAAAAAAAUAAAUAAAUAAACACAUAAGAAAUUCCCACUGGAAGAUGAGCCUGGUAUCAAAUGUAGGUAAAAAG